AUGGAGAACUACCAGAAGAUUGAAAAGGUUGGUGAAGGAACGUAUGGCGUUGUUUAUAAGGCCCGUGACAUGACACCUGGCGCGAAUGGCCGGAUCGUCGCAUUGAAAAAGAUCCGCCUGGAAGCGGAAGACGAGGGCGUGCCAUCGACCGCGAUCCGAGAAAUAAGUCUCCUGAAAGAACUGCGAGAUGAAAAUAUUGUGCGCUUGUACGAGAUUAUUCACCAAGAAUCGCGUUUAUAUCUUGUGUUCGAAUUCCUGGAUCUUGACUUGAAAAAGUACAUGGACAACGUGGCGAACCAGCCCGAAGGUCUGGGUCCUGAAAUUGUGAUGAAAUUUACAUACCAGCUAGUGCGAGGUAUUUACUUCUGCCAUGCACACCGAAUCUUGCACCGUGAUCUCAAGCCGCAAAACUUGCUUAUUGACAAAGAGGGUAACUUGAAACUUGCCGACUUUGGUCUUGCUCGAGCAUUCGGCAUCCCUCUCCGAACAUACACACACGAGGUCGUGACGCUCUGGUACCGUGCACCUGAGGUGCUUCUUGGCUCUCGCCACUACAAUACUGCCAUUGAUAUGUGGUCUGUCGGCUGCAUCUUUGCAGAGAUGGCCAUGCGGACGCCGCUAUUUCCCGGCGACUCGGAAAUUGACGAAAUUUUCCGCAUCUUCCGUAUUCUUGGUACACCCAACGACGAGAUGUGGCCUGGAGUCCAGUCACUUCCUGACUACAAGACGACAUUCCCUCAGUGGGGUGGUGUGCCACUCAAGACAGUGGUGCCUUCCCUAAGCGAUGCUGGGGUUGACCUGCUAGGGCUGAUGCUCAUUUACGAUCCAGCCGUCCGAAUUAGCGCCAAGCGCGCUCUCAAUCAUCCAUACUUUGCUAGUGUGACAGCUGGCUAA